UUUUCUGACGGUCCGGGAGUCCCGGCGUUCGCGUGAGCACGUGCUGUCAGGGAGACUGAGGUACCGAGCAGCGGGAUUGGCCCGCGACCGGAGGGCCUGACUUAGGGCCAAGCCGGGGGAUACGCAAAUGGAUGAGUUUGCAUCCAGCGAUGGAAUAAGGCCGGGGAAGACAAGUGAUCGUGUUUACUCUUUGGAACUGCUUAUAUUUGUUACAUCGUUGAUCAAUUUCUUUGCAUGCAUACAUAGAGACAGAGAGUUUAAAAAUCUGUCAAGAGAAAGAGUGCUGUUUCCUGUGACCCUGUGACCCCGCAAUGAGGAGUGGCUCCAAGGCUCCCAGUUACUUGCCCUCACCUGUUCUGACGGAGGCUGCCACUGCUGCCCCUUCUGGAGGACCAUGAACACCGUAUCCCCCGAGAGGGCUUGGAAAUACUCAUCUGUGUCCACAAUGGUGCCGUCUUCCUCCAGCACCAGCAAGAAGGACUUGUCCGCCAGCCUCAGGGCGUCCCACACCUGGGAGACAAGAUGACAGAUGUCUGACGUCCCCACGGAGCCACAGAGCUUGCAUGAGGAAGACUCCCAGCAAUCAGCGUGGCUGGCAGAAAACCGGUGGGCUGGGCCCGGGCCAGGCUCUCGGCAGUGGGAUCACCCCCCUAAGACUGACAGACCUCCUGGUGCCUGGCUGCAGGAUUACAGUCUAGUGUGACCCUCAAGUAUGAAAUCAAGAAGCUGAUCUACGUGCAUCUGGUCUUAUGGCUGCUGCUGGUGGCCAAGAUGAGCGUGGGACACCUGCGGCUCCUGUCGCAUGACCAGGUGGCCAUGCCCUAUCAGUGGGAGUACCCGUAUUUGCUGAGCAUCGUGCCCUCCCUCCUGGGCCUCCUCUCCUUCCCGCGCAACAACAUCAGCUACCUCGUGCUCUCCAUGAUCAGCAUGGGGCUCUUCUCCAUCGCUCCCCUCAUUUAUGGCAGCAUGGAGAUGUUCCCCGCUGCCCAGCAGCUCUACCGCCAUGGCAAAGCCUACCGCUUCCUCUUCGGGUUUUCUGCCGUCUCCGUCAUGUACCUGGUGCUGGUGCUGGCGGUGCAAGUGCAUGCUUGGCAGUUAUACUACAGCAAGAAGCUCCUGGACUCUUGGUUCACCAGCACGCAGGAGAAGAAGCGGAAAUGAAGCCUCCCUGAUGGUCUCUUUGUGGGCGCGGCCUGGGCCUCCCUGAUGGACUGCCCUGCGGGUGAGGUCUGGGCCUCCCUGAUGGACUGCCCUGUGGGCGCGGCCUGGGCCUCCCUGAUGGACUGCCCUGUGGGCGCGGCCUGGGCCUCCCUGAUGGUCUCUCUGUGGGCGCGGCCUGGGCCUCCCUGAUGGACUGCCCUGUGGGCGCGGCCUGGGCCUCCCUGAUGGACUGCCCUGUGGGCGCGGCCUGGGCCUCCCUGAUGGACUGCCCCGCGGGUGAGGUCUGGGCCUCCCUGAUGGACUGCUCUGUGGGUGAGGCCUAGGCCUCCCUGAUGGACUGCCCUGCGGGUGAGGUCUGGGCCUCCCUGAUGGACUGCCCUGCGGGUGAGGUCUGGGCCUCCCUGAUGGACUGCCCUGUGGACAUGGCCUGGGCCUCCCUGAUGGACUGCCCUGUGGACGUGGCCUGGGCCUCCCUGAUGGACUGCCCUGUGGACGUGGCCUGGGCCUCCCUGAUGGGCUCUGUGGGUGAGGCCUGGGCCUCCCUGAUGGGCUCUCUGUGGGUGAGGGGGGUCGAGGACCUGGUCUUAAGUGUCUUUUAGGAAUUUGGCAGCUGUGGUGUUGGCACCUGAAGCCAGCGUGGUCCACAUUCUGGAAAGCCGCUCCUGCUGACAUCUGCUGAGGGGGCAAAGUACAUUUAUUCCUGGUUGACUGGAGCUGAGUGACUGACAGCAGGGAAACCAAUCUAAGCUGGGUCAGGUUAUCCUUUGAAGACUGCACCUUGCCUGCCCUUGGUCAUUCCCCCUCCUCCAUCCAUCUCCCCGUAGCCAUCAAAGACUGAGGGAGAUGAAGCAUAAAUCCAGUUCCACUUGGGUCUAGGUCAUGGGGCAGGAAACGCUGGGGAAGCUGCUCUUGCAGGCUGUGGUCUCUGCUGAGUAAACAGAACCUCAAUAAAGACUGCCCUGGC